CCAUCGCAACAUGCACGUGAACAAGAGGAUCGGCAGAUUCAAACAAUGGGCGGGAGAACGCAUGGGCGGAGAGGCCAAGACCUGCCUCUCUGAUGACUUCAAGGCAAUGGAGACGGAGAUGGGAGUGCGACAUGAAGGCGUUGACCGUAUUCAUAAAUCCAUGACCUCUUAUGUCAAGGCUAUCUCGAAGCGCAAUGAGGGAGACGAUAAAGAGAAGACCCUCCCAAUUGGCCAUUUGGGAAGCAGCAUGGUGGCCCACGGUGAAGACUUUGAUGGAAACUCAGAAUACGGACAGUGUCUGACCAUGUUUGGGCGCACCGAGGAGCGUAUUGCCCGCAUUCAAGAAAGUUACAUCGCGCAGGCGACUUCAAGCUGGCUUGAGUCCCUCGAAAGAUCCCUAACUCAGAUGAAAGACUUGCAGCAUGCCCGCAAGAAGCUUGACAGCCGACGACUGGCAUAUGAUACUUCUCUCUCUAAGAUGGAGAAGGCCAAGAAAGAGGACUUCCGUGUGGAGGAGGAACUACGCUCACAAAAAGUAAAGUAUGAGGAAGCCAGUGACGACGUGCUGCGUCGCAUGCAGGACAUUAGAGAAGCCGAAACCGACAACGUUAUGGAUAUGAAGGUGUUUUUGGACGCCCAGCUCGAAUACCAUGAACGGUCCCGCGAGGUUCUCCUGCAGCUCAGGAAUGAAUGGGUUGGAUCCAGCCAACUGCAACCUCCUCCCCGCCGUCCCGCUCGUCCUCGUUCCAACACUGCUCACUCGUACCUGGAACGGUAUGAGCCAUUACAGGAAGAGGUGAUGAAUGCCACGGAGACUCGACCUGUCAUCCGGUCCACCAGGUCUACCACGAAGCUAUACGCCGAGUCGCCCCCGCGAGAGACCUAUGGGAAUACCGGUAACCUCUCGCGUCCCGUUCUCAACAGAAUUCCCACCUUCGAAAGCCCGUCUCAGCUGCGACAAGACCAAUCGCCAGUUUCAUCGCAGUGGAUUCAGCAGCGAACUGCUAGCGAGAACCUGGGUGGAUUCGGACGUCGAAGCAACACUCAAAUUGGGAAUGGUCGACUCACUGCUGAUCCCUACGCCGACCCCGAGGAGGCCAGCUCAUAUGGCCGUUCUAGCCCCGAGCGGAUGUUUAGCGGGGGCAGGUCUAUUUCCCCCGCGACAUCUCACGGCAGCAGCGUGGUAUCCCGAAGACCCAGCGCAAACAACUUGAACUCUAUUGGAUCGAAGAAAGCUCCCCCUCCACCCCCGCCAUCUCGUUCGAAGAAGCCCCCUCCACCUCCACCCGUGAAGCGGUCCCUUCUUGCCGCACCAAAUGCUAGCCUGAUCCCAAACCGGUACAGUACCAGAACUGCGCUGCCCCAGGCAACAAUCCAGCACGGCCUAUUCACGCUGUUGUCAGUCCUUUGCUCUGAGCACCCAGAUUUCCCCGAGCCUGUCGCGCAACUCCGUUCCCUCCCCAUCUCCAUUUUCAUCCAUCCACUUUUUGAACGCGCCAUCCCAACGCGCCUUCAACUUUUGAGGUUCCCUCCCACCCUGCCUUACCUUGGGAACUCGCCUCUUUACUCGCUUUCUUUGACUCCCUUGUCCCUGAAAGUACCCGCUACCCCCAUCGCAUCGGAAGCUCCGACCACGGCCCCAAACAUCACGCUUUCCAUCGCCAAGCAUCUCAUACACUCGCCCACUGAUCGCAUUCACAAUAAUCAAGCCCACCCCACACUGUCGCUGGUCAUUUAUUUCGACCGCGACCGUCCCUUCUCUUGCCCGCGCGACUUGGCAAUUGAAGUCAGGUGGAGACCUUAG